AUGCUGCUAAAAUAUUUAGGUACCGUCAUGCCGGCGCAGGAGUUGGAAAACAGAGUGGUUGGCAUAGCAUGGUCACCAAACAACUUAAAGCUGGCCGUAGCAUCCUCGGAUCGUUCCAUUUAUCUUUUUGAUGAGAAUGGUGUGAAACGCGAUAGAUUCUCCACUAAGCCUGUCGAUCCCAAGUUUGGCAAGAAGAGCUACAUGGUAAAGGGAAUAGCCUUCUCUCCAGAGUCGACGAAGAUCGCAGUUGGCCAAACCGACUGCAUUGUAUACGUUUACAAAAUAGGAGAGGAUUGGGGUGACAAAAAGGUAAUUUGCAACAAAUUCAAACAAAGUGCAGCGGUGACUUGCCUGAUCUGGCCAGUGGACGGUCCGAUUAUCGUAGGAUUGGCGGAUGGGAAAGUACGUGCGGCUAUGAUCAAGUCGCAGAAGGCGCAAACCUUAUAUACCUCCGACGCUAUGACAAUAGCUCUGGCUUGCAACGUCCGCGGCAGCGGCUUCCUGUCGAGCCAUGCCGACGGCAGCAUUAUCCGGUACUACAUCGCCGAAGACGGCAACGCGGAACCGUCGGGACGCGUGUGUGUCCACGGAGUGCCCGCUUACGCCCUGGCAUGGCCGCAGUCGCACAUCCUGGCAGCAGGUUGCGACAAACGGCUGACCAUGUACGACCCGUACGGUAAGCCGGUCAAAACCUUUGACUUCAGUCGGGACUCCCAAGAGAGAGAGAUCACUGUGGCCUGCUGCAGCCCAAGUGGCCAGAGCGUCGCCGUAGGCUCUUGGGACAAAGUGCGUAUCUUCGAUUGGACACCACGUAGAAGUGUCUGGGAAGAGACCAACGUGCGCGACUUGCCCAACUUCUACACCGUCACAGCGUUAUCCUGGAGACGAGACGGCUCGAAGCUGGUGGUUGGGGGAUUGUGCGGCGGCGUCGAGCAGUUUGAGACUAUUUUGAGACGCACAGUGGUCCGCGGCAGUCACGAGGUCGCCUACGUGGGUCCCAGCCAGGUAGUGAUCCGGCCUCUGAGCGACUCCUCGCAGCGUCCCAUCAUCAUCAGGUCGCAGACGGGUCAAGAGAUCGAGGAUGUACGUGUUCUAGGUCGCAGGGACAACAAUGUGGUUGCUCGAACAGCGCGCACUUUAUUGAUCGGCGAUAUUGAGCUAGGUCUGAUCAGCGAGAUCCCGUGGGAGGACCGGUCCGGCAAUGAAAAGUUUUUCUUCGAGUAUCCGGUCGUAUGCCUGAUCUUUUGCUCAGGCGAACUAACGAUCGUUGAGUAUGGUCAAAACGAGGCGCUUGGUUCCGUGCGAACGGAGGCGGUGAACCCGCACGUGGUCAGCGUGCGCGUGAACGAACGUCCCUCGGUUGGCGGCGAAGACAACAAGAAGUUGGCCUAUCUGCUGGAUCCCAGAACUGUUCGCGUGAUUGACCUGCUAUCUGGUGCGACCAUCAACACGAUCGUCCAUGAUGCUCGCAUCGAUUGGUUGGAGCUCAGCGAGGCUGGUCAUAGAUUGCUAUCGCGCGACAAGCGAGGUCGUCUUUGGCUAAGCGAUGAUGAGGGUGACAGAGUCUUGUUGGUGACAGGGGCAUCCUUUGCAUCUUGGGUUACUGGUAGCGACGUUCUCGUCGCUCAAACAGGUCAAACCCUGGCCGUUUGGUACAACGUGGAUGCGCCAGAAGCCGUUACACUGACGUCGAUCAAGGGCGACAUAGUGGACAUUAUCCGAGAGGACGGUCGAACGUCCGUGAUGGUGGAGGAGCACGGUGUCAAAGUGGCAUAUCAGUUGGACGAAGGACUGAUCGAGUUCGGCACUGCGUUGCAUGACAGCGAUUUUGGCAGAGUCAUCCUGUUCCUGGAGAAUAUGGGCGACGGUCCGCAGGUGGAGACCAUGUGGGAAAACGUAGCCAGGAACGCGAUGAAUGAGAGAAAGCUCGCGAUAGCUGCCAGGUGUUACGCUGCGAUGGGCGACGUGGCUUGCGCGAAAUUUCUGAAAGAGACUGCCGAGAUUGGUGAAAAAUACGCCAAGGAGACGGGCAACGAACCACUGGCCAGUCCGGACUGUUGGGCCCGAAUGGCCAUACUGAAUGGUGACCUGAAAACCGCUGAGGCAAUUUAUUUGGAGCAGAAUGAACUGGACAAAGCGUUAGAUAUGUACCAGCGCUACUGGCGCUGGGAAGAUGCUCUAAACUUAGCCCAGAGUCGUAACUGGAGUGGUUUAUCAGAGCUGCGGGACCGUCACUUGGCUUGGCUGCUGGACAGUGGCCAAGCGGCCCGCGCGGCUUCCAUCAUAGAGACCACAAAUCCCAAGAGAGCUGUGAAGCUUUAUCUGGAGGCUCGCCGACCCGGACGAGCCGCCAGAUUGGUGCUUGCCGACAAUGAGUUACUGGAGGACGAAAGAAUCGUCGAAGAGAUCAUUAGCAGCCUUAAGGCCACCGACCUCGCGGAACUCGCUGGAGAAUUGUUGGAGAAGACCGGCGCCGGUUCCGAGGCGAUUAAGUGUUACGCCCAGGCCGGUGUCUUUGCCAAAGCUCUCGACUUGGCGCGCAAAAUCGAUCCCACCUCGGUGGUCGAACUCGAAAGAGAUUGGGGAAAACAUCUGUCAGCGAGUGGUCACUACGACGCCGCUAUCAAUCACUUCAUCGAGGCAGGAGAAACUGUAUUAGCACUGAAGGCCGCUAUCAACGCGCGACAGUGGAGAAAGGCUUUACAGAUUAUUCAGGUGAUUGAGGACGAUGAUCCGGAGAUCCGUCAGCAAUGCGAAAAGCUGGCCGAAUAUUUCUCGUCGAUCGGCGAACGGAGCUUAGCGGAGAGCCUCUUCAUUCGCGCCGAAAACUCCCGACGCGCCGUGGAGAUUCACAUCCAGUCGGGCGACUGGAUGCGUGCGCACCAGGUUGCCCAGGAAUACAUGAAGGGCGACGAGGCCAACGAGGUGCUGGCGAAGCACGCCGACAACCUGCACCAGACCGGCGAGCUCCGUCACGCCGAGUCUCUUUAUGUCGCGAUCGGCGAUCACGACGCGGCAAUCGCUAUGUAUCGCAAAGCGGGAAAUCGCAGCGACAUGAUUAGAUUAGUCGCGCAGCAUCGGCCAGAUUUACUUCAGACUACUCACACGCAUCUGGCGAGAGAACUAGAUGCAGCCGGCAAGCCGAGAGAAGCUGAAGAGCACUUUUUAGGUGCUGGCGACUGGCGCGGAGCGGUUACAGCUUACAGGUCUGCGAACAUGUGGGAGGAUGCGCUGAGAGUCGCCAAGAAGGCUUCGGGAGAAAAGGCAGCGCAGCAGGUUGCUUUGAUGUGGGCUCGAACGUUGGCACCAGAACUAGGCGCGAGACUUCUGAUGCGACUCGGUUACUUGGAGCCGUGUCUGCAAUUAGCGUGCGAGGCCAGCUUGUUUGACUGGGCUCUGGAGAUCGCCAAGUACGGCACGGUGGAUCAGAAGAAGGAGGUUCACUACCGCUACGCAAUGGCGUUGGAGGACGAGGGCCGUUUCGCCGAGGCCGAGAAGGAAUUCGUGCAGGCCGGCAAAACUAUGGAAGCGGUGCAGAUGUACAUCCACAGCCGCGACUGGGAGUCCGCCGAGGACGUCGCGCAAUCGCACAGCCAGGAAGCCGUGGCACAGGUCUUGAUCGCACGAGCCGGUGAGGCCGCCGAAGGGCAAGAUUACGCUACAGCAGAAACUCUUCUGCUAAGGGCCCACAAGCCAGAAAUGAUAAUAGAGCAUUACAAGACAGCCGGAAUGUGGUCCGAGGCACUGCGAGUGUGUCGAGAAUAUCUGCCCAGUCAAGAGGCGGCACUGCGUAGGGAGUUAGGUCAGAGAAGCGCGGGACUGGAUGGGGCAAACGCGUUGGAGGAAGCUCGGAAGUGGCUAGAUCUCGGGGAGGUGCGACCCGCCCUGGACACACUGAUUCUGAAUCCACAGGCGCCGAGAUCGUAUCUCAUCCGUGCGGCCGACAUCCUUUUACAUCAGGCUGAUCCCGAAACGGCGGCGGAAAUCGGCGGUGACCUGGGCGCGCGUUUGUUUUCCGUUGGUGAACACGCGCUCGCCGCUCAGGUGUUUCUUCAAGCGGAUCGAUUGAAGGACGCAGUGAGUUCGCUGGUGGCGGUCGGCGAAUGGGAUCGCGCGCGGCGAAUCGUCCGCGAGCUCGCUCCCGAUCUCGAGCAGUAUCUAGAAGAGAAAUAUCGGGACGCCAUGGCGAACGAGGGCGAGAUGGAACGGCUCGCGGAAGUGGACGGUAACGCCGCCCUCGAGGUGAUGGCGCGGAAAGGUCAAUGGAGUCAGGUAUUCGACGCCGCGAGCUCGCAGAGUCCGGAGGUGCUGCACAGAUUUGUGGCACGGCGUGCCACGCAGUUGCUGAAGAACGACGCCGCGCCGCAGGCGUUGCAGCUUUACGCGCAGUACGGCGCACCCGCGAUCUCGCAGAAUUUUAAUCUGUAUCUGCAAUUGGCCGAGAAUAUCCUGAAUGCAGCGCAGCAGGAUUACAGAUAUCUGGCCCAACUCCGUGACGUUCUACACGGCCUCUACCGCUCGUCACCGUCCUCCGACAGAUUCGAGCACCUUCUGAAGGCCGCUCACUUCUCGGCGGUGAAGCACGGCUGCCGUUCGUUUCCGGCGCUUUCCGGCAUCGCGGUCAAGGCGUCGGUCAGCCUCCUGCGGUACACCGACCUCCUUUACGCCGACAAAUACUACUACGAAGCCGGUAUCACAGCCCGUACCGCUGGGCUUCUGAGCGAAGCCUUCGUUUUCCUCAAUCAUUUUCUCGAUCUGGAGGAGUGCAUCGAAGAGGAAGGCGACGGCAACGUCCUAGACGUGGACGAUCUACGCGUCACCGACUUUCCGCUGGAGGUCCCACUUCCGGAAAGAGUCGGAGUCGCGCCGGAUCAACGCGAGGAGGCGAGAGAGUGGGUGCUGGCGGUGUCCAUGGACCAAAAGAUCGAGCAGGGUCUACCGGUCGACCAGAGAGGCGUCUACGUCGGUUCCCUGACGUCGCCGACAAACUCCGGCGCGCCUCUUCAGCAGUGCGUGAUCACGGGUUAUCCGGUGCGCGGCCCAGUUGUCAGAUUCGAGGAGACCAACCGCGUGGCCGAUCGCGACGACUGGACCAAGUUGAUCAACUCGGCCAGACAGGCAUCCCCGGAUUCGCCGCUGAACGAUAUUUUAGUAUUUCUUCAGGAUUGGUGCGGCACGGCACCCAAAUACUCGUUUUAAAAGCAAAAGCUUCAGGUUUCAAUCGGAAGUUAAUGAAGAUAGAGGAUAAUAUGAAAGAAAAAGAUUUUAAAAAUUUGUAGUUUUCUAGAAGCUAAAAUAAAUGUAAUAAUAAAUGUAUUAUAUUGUAAAUAUAAUAAUAAGUGUAUUAAUUGAUAUGCACUUACACUUUUAAUUAGCGGUGCAUACAUAAUAGCGUUAUUGGCAAUGUGUCUCGUUUCAUUUAGCCGCGAUUUAAAUCACCUUCAACAAGAGAUUUAUAUCCUUCAUUGAGAAUUCUUUUUCAUUUAGUUAUUUAUAUAUUAAUUUAUUAUUUUCUGCCUCAAAUAUGUCUUCGAAAAGAAGAAUAUUGCGACGAAACAAUGUUAUAAUUCAUCAAAUUAUUUCCCGUUUUCAGCCAGAUAGAACGUUCGUCCUGCCGGGUGGCUCAUGAAGGGAUUUGAGAGGGUGGGCAACCGCAGAUGAUAAUUAACCGCUUAGCAAAUAUGCUCGGCUUUGGCGCAUUCCAUAAGCCAAAAAGCCGCCCGUGGAAUUUGGCGGUUCAAAGUAACGCAAAUACAUGCACACGUGCGCCGCACGUACACACGCGCGCGUCAUAUUGACUCAAAAUCGUAAACGGGCUUAAUACAC